AUGGCGAAGGAUAAGGUGAUAACCGGCCCAAUAGAACAGAAGAUAUUAAGCUUAGUUAGCGAACUUAUUGAAGAAAGGACAAAUUACAAUCAGAAGCAACUAAAUGAAUUUCAAGAGGAAAAUGCAUUUGGAGUGGGAUCUGCUAGUGAUUUAACUACAUCAAAGGUUUUAUCAUACGUCCAAUCAAGAGAUUUUACAUUGAAAAGAACCAAAAAGGUACAAUUAGAAAAGUCUAUAGCAAAAGUGCUACGAGUAUUGCGAGAGGAAGAAGCGGAACAUCAAGCUAAUUCGAUAGAGGCCAACACAGAUGAAUUUCCCGACUCAGAGAGUGAAGACUUCAACGAUUUAGAUCACAAUUUAAUGGAGCUCAGAGAUCCUAACACAACAAAUAAAUCUGUAACGUCCAUGUGGAAUUUUGAGAAUAAAGUAGAGACUAACAAAGAUGGUAUAGAACAAGAAGACAAUUAUAAUGAUGGAUCAGGGACAAAAAGAAAAUUGAAAGAAGCUUCAAAGUCCAAUUCUAAAAAACAAAAGCGUAAAAUUAACUAUACUUUACCUGAAGUCAAUCUAUCAAUGCUUGGUGGUAUUGAGAAUGUGACAACUCAGCUACUUGAACUAAUUGGUUUGCCUAUAUUGCAUCCAGAACUAUAUUUAUCAACAGGAGUAGAGCCUCCAAGAGGUGUUUUGUUAUACGGCCCACCAGGAUGUGGUAAAACCACGGUAGCCAAUGCAUUAGCUGGUGAGUUAAACGUUCCAUUUAUUAAUAUUUCAGCCCCAUCAAUAGUUUCAGGAAUGUCAGGAGAAUCAGAGAAAAAGCUUAGAGAAAUCUUUGAGGAAGCUAAGUUAGUCGCUCCUUGUUUAAUAUUCAUGGACGAGAUUGAUGCAAUAACACCUAAGAGAGAUGGUGGCGCCCAAAGAGAAAUGGAAAGACGAAUAGUGGCCCAAUUAUUGACAUUAAUGGAUGAACUAACAAUGGAUAAAACUGAAAACAAACCUGUUAUUGUUAUUGGAGCUACAAAUAGACCGGAUUCUUUGGACUCGGCUCUCAGAAGAGCAGGACGGUUCGAUAGAGAGAUAUGUUUGAAUGUUCCAAAUGAAGGACAAAGAGAAUCAAUACUAAGAGCAAUGACUAAAAAAAUCAAAUUAGAGAAUGGAAUCAAUUUUAAUUAUAAAGAAUUGUCAAAAUUAACUCCAGGUUAUGUGGGGGCAGACUUGAAAAGUUUGGUAACCGCAGCUGGUGUCUCCGCGAUUAAAAGAAUUUUUGAAGCAAUGAGUGAGAAACAGGUUGAAUUGAUUCAGUCAAGUGUUGAUCUAAUGGAGAUAGACUCAAAAGAUGGGAAACUUACUGAUGGACUCUUAUCACGAAGGUUUGAAGGAAAAUCUGAUGAAGAAAAGUUAUCCACAAUACAAAAAUUUUUACAAGGCAACCCAAAUCCAUUAAAGAAGUCCCAAUUGGAGAAUUUAUGUAUAACGUAUCAAGACUUUGUGAAUGCUCUUCCGACCGUUCAGCCUACAGCCAAAAGAGAAGGAUUUGCUACUGUUCCAGAUGUAACAUGGCAAAACGUUGGCGCAUUGACAAAAAUUCGUACUGAAUUACAUAUGUGUAUUGUUCAACCAAUAAAGAAACCAGAAUUGUAUCUAAAAGUUGGUAUAUCUGCGCCAUCUGGAAUCUUGAUGUGGGGACCACCAGGAUGUGGUAAAACUUUAUUAGCCAAAGCUGUUGCUAAUGAAUCGAGAGCCAAUUUUAUAUCUAUUAAAGGUCCCGAGUUGUUAAAUAAAUAUGUUGGAGAAUCGGAAAAGGCAGUUAGACAAGUAUUUCAAAGGGCUCGUGCCUCCAAACCGUGCAUUAUAUUUUUUGAUGAAUUGGAUGCAUUAGUGCCAAGAAGAGACAGUUCAAUGUCUGAAUCAAGUUCUCGAGUGGUCAAUACCUUGCUAACGGAAUUGGAUGGUUUAAAUGAUAGAAAUGGGGUGUUCGUUGUUGGUGCUACAAAUAGACCAGAUAUGAUAGAUCCUGCAAUGUUAAGGCCGGGAAGAUUGGAUAAAACCCUUUACAUUGAAUUACCGACCCAAGAUGAGAGAUACGAGAUACUAAAAACGCUUGUAAGAGCUAAUAAUUCUCCCUUAAGUUCUGACAUUGAUCUCAGGUCAAUUGCAAGUGAUGUAAAGUGCAGAAAUUUUUCAGGAGCAGAUUUGUUCUCACUAGUUAAAGAAGCAGGAGUUUCUGCCUUGAAACGAAAAUUCUUUGGUGCUCAAGAAUUACUGAAUUUAGAUGAGUCUGGAUUUUACAACGAAGAUGAAAACAAGGAUGAUAUUUUUAUAACAAACGACGAUUUUCAAAGAGCAAUGAAUGCUACAAGACCAAGUGUUAGUGAUCGAGAUAGGUUGAAAUAUGAAAGAAUGAAUAAAAAAUUAGGAUGGGAUAUUAUUAGUCAAAAUCAGGAUCAAACCUCUACAACAGGAUAG